AUGGGAAAUUCGACGUUUGUUUUCGCAGAACAGGAUUUGCGUCGAGCCUACGACAAAAAAAUACAGGAGUGUUUUGCACUUGAAGAGACAGUUGACAUUCUUAACGCCAAGCUUCGACGAAUGCGACAUUUGCUUCAACUUAAGGACAUGCGCAUUAACGAACUCCAAUCAAAACUGGAGCAUAUUUCUUCAGCGUGA